CGACACUUGGCUGAAGGAGGAAGCUUCGAAGCUGAACGACACAACGGAAAUCAGAAUAUACUCUAGAGAAAAAAUCAUGUCUGAAACCAGCCAAUUUCCAAGAAACCAAGUAAAAGAACCCAUCAAAUCAUCUAAAUCAAUCAACUUUUCUUCUAAAUUAUUGUGUGUGUAAGAAAUUCCGACGCGUUUCUGCCGAUUUCCCACCGCCCCAUUACCGUCGUUGCCAACCCAUCUUCUCAGAUUCUUCCUCCGUCGCUGUAAUCCCAGUCCCCGCCGUGUUCUUCACCAAUCUUAUAUCUCCUCCUUCAAACCCAUUUCUCUCUUUCCUCAUCUCCAUCAUUUGCUUCUGAAUUUUCCGGAUCUGAUUCCAUCAAUACCUUUUGAAAAGCUUGAGAUUCAACAGCUAUGGUGAAGGAGACUGGUUAUUAUGAUGUAUUGGGUGUCAGCUUUAAUGCCUCCUCUGCAGAAAUUAAAAAGGCUUACUACGUUAAGGCAAGGCUAGUUCAUCCAGAUAAAAAUCAAGGAGAUCCAAAAGCUGCAGCAAAUUUUCAGGUACUGGGAGAGGCUUAUCAGGUAUUGAGCGAUCCUGAGAAGCGUGACGCGUAUGACAAGUAUGGGAGGGCAGGAGUACAACAGGACGCCAUGGUGGACCCUGCAUCUGUAUUUGGUAUGCUUUUUGGAAGUGAGUUUUUUGAAGAGUAUGUUGGUCAGCUUGCUUUGGCUGUAUUAUCAUCUUUGGAACUCGAGGAAGAUUCACCAGACCCCGAGUUACGCAGGCAAAAAAUUCAGGAAAAGAUAAAGCUGUUUCAAAAGGAAAGGGAAAAUAAACUUGUAAACAUUUUGAAAGAGCGCCUCCAACCAUAUGUUGAUGGUCAGGUUGAUGAGUUUGUGACAUGGGCAAGUUCAGAAGCACAACGACUCUCCAAUGCUGCUUUUGGUGAGACCAUGCUGCACACUAUUGGAUACAUAUACACAAGGAAAGCUGCAAAGGAACUUGGGAAGGACAGACGUUAUAUGAAUGUGCCAUUUUUAGCGGAGUGGGUGCGAGAUAAAGGACACCAGAUAAAAUCACAAGUGAUGGCAGCUUCAGGUGCUGUUUCUUUGAUUCAAUUACAGGAAGAGUUGAAGAGGCUUAAUGAAGGAGAUAACAGAGACGAGAACCUGGCAAAAGCCAUUGAAGAGAAGAAAGACGCUGUUCUUAACUCGCUUUGGCAGAUUAAUGUGGUCGACAUAGAAUCUACUCUGUCACGUGUCUGCCAAGUGGUUCUUAGAGACCCCAGUGUGUCGAAAGACGUAUUGAAGCUACGAGCUAGAGCAUUAAGGAAGUUUGGAGCGAUCUUCCAAGGAGCAAAGUCAGCUUACAGUAGAGAAAACAGCCUGAGGCAUGAAAGUGAUAGAUCAAUUGGUGCUGCUUCAACUUCAUGAUCUCACACUUCCAUGGCAACUGUUAAGUCUCCUUACUUUUCUGCUCAAGGAUGGUGAUCUGAUGAUGUUCUUUUCUAUUCUAUUUAUUUGAGUUAAGUGAUUCUUCUUCAUAUUUUGUAUGUUUUGUUGAGAAUACCAUCAUUCAUUUGAAUAAUUUCUUUCCUAUUUUGUAAUUUGUAGUUUACAAUCUGUUCUUUUUCUUGUAAAUAAACUAUAUAGGAGAGUUGGGUUUCUAAAUCAUUGUCUAGUCACUGUCUUUUUAAAAAGAACAUAUUUUGUUUGCA